CUAGGCAUGCAGACUACUUCUACAAACAUUUGUGAAAGAAUGGGUCGCUCUCAGGAGCUCAGUGAUAUCAAGAGUGGUACCGUGAUAGGUUGCCACCUGUGCAAUAAAUCCAUCUGUGAAAUUUCCUUGUUACUAAAUACUCCGCAUUCAACUGUUAGUGGUAUUAUAACAAUAUGGAAGGAACUGGGAACAACAGCAACUCAGCCACCAAUGGACUAUAGAGCAGUGGAGACAAGUUCUCUGGAGUGACAAAUCACACUUCUCUGUCUGGCAAUCUGGUGGAUGUGUCUGGGUUUGGAGGUUGCCAGGAGAACAUUAAUGCCUGGCUGCAUUGUGCCAAGUGUAA